AUGAAGCUCUCGCACAUUAUACUCGCGGCUGCGCUAGCCGGCGAGGCCUGCGCCUGGGGAAUGGGCAGCAAGACUGCCUACAACAAAUGGAACGAAAACGAGCUCGAGCGCUGGCUCAGCGACCACAACGUCCCAUACCCCACACCCGCCGACCGAAAGGAUCUCGAGAAGCUCGUCAAGGAGAACUGGAACAGCAAGGUCGUGAGCCCGUACUCCGACUGGGACACACCCCAGCUGCAACACUACCUGUCGGAAAAGGGCCAGCAGAUCGACGUGGAGCAGGCAAAGUCAAAGAACUGGCUGGUAGACAACGUCAAGAAGGCGUGGGAAGAGACAGAGAGCACGGCCGAGGAGGCGUACGGCAGUGUCAAGGGGUGGAUUUUUGAUUCGUGGUCGGAGAGUGCGCUCAAGGCAUUCCUGGACAGACACGGUAUUCCAAACCCACAGCCCCGGACCCGCGACUCGCUUCUGGCGACCGCGAGAGACAACUACGAAACCGUUGCCAACAAGCUUGGCGAGACCACCGCAUACCCCGGAAACUGGCUUUAUGAAUCUUGGAGCGACAGCGAUCUGAAGAAAUGGCUUGAAACCCACGGCUACGCUGCACCCCAGCCAUCAACCCGCGAUAAGCUCAUUGCCGUUGUCCGUCGCAACUCCCGUCUCGCGUCUCUAAAGGCAAAUUCGGCUGCCAACUCCGCGCAGUACCACGCCAACAACGCUAAGGAAGCUGUCUCAGACACCAUCUUCGACUCGUGGAGCGACAGCAAACUCAAGGAAUUCCUCGACAAGAACAAUGUCAAGGUCCCUCAAGGAUCUGGUCGCAACGAGCUCCUGGCUCUUGCGAGGAGGAACAAGGCUUACUACACUGGCGAUACCGUCUCCGCUUCUGCAAACAGUGCUUACGGCUCUGCAACUUCAUACGCCGGCGAGAAGGCCUCCCAGGCAACCGAUACCGCCGCUGCAUACAAGAAUGAUGCUUUCGAGGCUUUGAUUGAAAACUGGAGCGACAGCCGUUUGAAGGAGUACCUUGACUCUCGCGGUGUCCCUGUCCCACAGAACGGAAAGCGUGACGAGCUUCUCGCAAAGGUCAGACUCAGCAAGCACAAGGCCGCCACUGGAUUCGGUGCCUGGACAUUUGACACUUGGACAUAUGACAACCUGAAGAAAUGGCUUGACGCCCGGGGUCACAAAGCUUCCGCCAACGCCGCCGCCUCUCGUGACGAGCUCUACUCCUCCGCCGUUUCCGCUUACUCAGUCGCCAGCGUUUCCGCCGCAUCGGCCGCAUCAGUCGGUUCUGCCUCUGCCGCCUCUGCUGCUUCCUCCGCCGCCUCGGUUGCCUCAGCUUCCGCCUCAUCUGCUGGAACCGUCGUCGGAUCAUCCGCCACCUCCGCAGGUUCAAAGGCCACCGAUGCCGCAAAGGAUGGAGCCAACGUAGCCUAUGAUUCAGCCACGGACGGAGCAGCCAUCGCAUAUGCCUCUUUGACGUCUGCGCUUGCCGCUGCUACUGACUCUGCCAAGGAUAUCACCUUCGACACCUGGUCUGACAGUGAACUCAAGGCAUACCUCGACCGCUACGGCAUCAACACCUACCAGGGUUCCACCCGCAACGAGCUCAUUGCCGCGGCGAGAAGAAACGCACACGCCUUCCGAUAUGGCUCCGCGGACCAAGGAGUUUAUGGCCAGUUUUCCACUGGUAUGGGCUGGGUCGCUGGUGAUAAGGCGUACGAGGCUGGACAGAAGGCUGGUGAUAGGGCCUACGAGGCUGGUCAGCAGGCUAGUGACGCUGCGAAAGAGAAGGUGCAGCAGGGAUAUGAUGCUACGAAGGAGAAGGUACAGGAGGGUUAUGAUAGGGUUAAGGAGGAGUUGUAG